AAAAAGGGAAAAAAAGAUGACACCUUUAAUACGGGGUUGUAGCCUUGGCUAAGAAAACCCGUUGAUGAAUUUUAGUUCUGCUUCCAAUUUUACCAUUUGCGCACGCUUUCUCAGGUUCCCGGAAUUGGUCACGAAACCGGGAAUUACAAUCGAUAAACCUCAAAAUCCCAACUGCCGACUUCUCUCGGAGUUAUUCCAUGGCAGAGAAGCAGUUGAUAGUGGUCGUUGAAGGUACCGCGGCCAUGGGUCCCUUCUGGCAAACUGUCGUGUCCGAUUACAUCGAAAAGAUCGUCAGAUGUUUCAGUGGAAAUGAAACAACCGGGCAGAAACCACCAACCUCUAAUGUCGAGUUCUCUCUGGUCAUGUUUCAUACUCAUGGAUCGUAUUGUGGAUGUCUAGUACAGCGAACUGGGUGGACAAGAGAUGUUGAUAUUUUCAUACAAUGGCUUUCAGCUAUUCCUUUUUCUGGUGGGGGUUUCAGUGACGCUGCAAUAGCUGAAGGGCUUGCUGAAGCACUUAUGAUGUUCCCAACUCAACAAAAUGGUGGCCAAAAUCAACAAACUAUGGAUAUGCAGAAGCACUGUAUUCUUGUUGCUGCAAGUAAUCCUUAUCCCCUGCCAACGCCAGUAUAUAGACCAGCAGUGCAAAACUUGGAGCAACAUGACAAUGUUGAACCAGGGAGUUCCCAAUCAUAUGCUGAGACAGUUGCUAAAUCAUUUCCUCAGUGCUUCAUAUCUCUGUCAGUUAUUUGCCCCAAACAGCUUCCAAAACUAAGAGCAAUUUACACUGCUGGAAAACGGAACCUCCGGUCAGCAGAUCCACCUAUUGAUAAUGUUAAAACCCCCUCAUACCUUGUCUUGAUCUCUGAAAAUUUUGUGGAAGCCCGUGCAGCUUUAAAUCGUCCUGGAAUUACUAGUUUGCCUGCAAACCAGAGUCCUGUGAAAAUGGACAUAUCUCCUGUUGUGCCUGUUACUGGACCACCUCCAACCACUACUCCAUCAGUAAAUGGACCUGUCAUUAACCGGCAGCCAGUUUCUGUUGCUAAUGUGCCUCCUGCUACUGUGAAAGUUGAACCAAAUACUGUUACAUCUAUGACAAAUGGAUCUGCAUAUCCACCACAUAUGCCGUCUGUUGUUCGUGCAGCUUCACAGGGAGUCCCUAGCUUGCAGACCUCUUCACCACUUUCUUCUCAGGAGAUGAUCACAAAUAACGAGAGCACACAAGAUCUUAAACCUCUAGUGAAUGGCGUUCCACAGACUCUACGACCUGUGGGUCCUGCGAAUGUUAGCAUUCUGAAUAAUAUUUCUCAAGCACGGGUGAUGAGCUCUGCUACUUUAAAUGGAGGAAAUUCCAUUGGACUUACGUCUAUGGGUCAAACCCCAAUGGCCAUGCAUGUAUCCAAUAUGAUAUCCAGUGGAAUGGGAUCAUCUGUGCCUGCUGCACAAAAUGUAUUUUCAUCCAGUCAAUCUGGUAUGACAUCAAUAAAUGGUUCUACAACUCUCACUCAGGUUGCACCGAACUCAGGUCUAAGCUCACUUACUUCAGCAAAUAACAUUUCUGGAAAUUCUAAUGUUUCCACUUCACAAGCGGCAGGAAAUAUCCAAGGUGGUCCUAGUGUGAGUCAAUCAGUUCCUGGGAUUAGCCAAGGAAAUCUUGCAGGAACACAAGUGGUACAAAGUGGAAUUAGCAUGAACCAAAAUGUUAUGAGCAACUUAACCCAACCAGGUGUUUCUUCUGGAAAUGGUACGAUGAUUCCUACUCCAGGAAUGCCUCAACAAGUUCAAAAUGGGAUGCAUUCACUUGGAGUGAACAAUGCAGCAGCAAAUAUGCCAUUAUCACAGCAUUCAGCAGGGGCUUUGCAACCAGCACAAUCCAAAUAUGUGAAAUUUUGGGAGGGAAAUCUAUCUGGGCAGAGACAAGGCCAGCCUGUUUUUAUUACCAGAAUGGAAGGUUACAGGAGUGCUUCAGCUUCUGAGAAGCUUGCAGCAAACUGGCCGCCGACAAUGCAAAUAGUUCGGCUUAUCUCACAGGAUCACAUGAAUAACAAGCAAUAUGUUGGAAAAGCUGAUUUUCUUGUUUUCCGAGCUAUGAAUCAGCAUGGAUUUCUUGGCCAGCUUCAAGAAAAGAAGCUUUGUGCAGUCAUCCAGCUACCAUCCCAAACUUUGCUGCUAUCUGUUUCUGAUAAGGCUUGCCGCUUGAUAGGGAUGCUUUUUCCAGGGGAUAUGGUUGUGUUUAAGCCACAAAUACCCAGUCAACAGCAACAACAGCAGCAAAUGCAACAACAGCUUCAACAACAUCCUCAGAUGCAGCAACAGCAUCAGCUUUCUCAGCUGCAACAACAUCAACAACUACCGCAAAUGCAACAACAGCAGCAGCAGCAGCAGCAGCUUCCUCAGUUGCAACAACAGCAGCAGCAGCAGCAUCCUCAGCUACAACAGCAGCAGCAGCUUCCUCAGCUACAACAGCAGCAGCAGCAGCUUCCUCAGCUACAACAGCAGCAGCAGCUUCCUCAGCUACAACAGCAGCAGCAGCAGCAGCAGCAGCAUCCUCAGCUACAACAGCAGCAGCAGCAUCCUCAGCUGCAACAACAGCAACAACAACAGCAGCAGCAGCAGCUUCCUCAAUUACAGCAGCAGCAGCAGCAGCAAACACAAUUGUCACAGCUUCAAAGCCAGCAGCAGAUUCCACAAAUUCAGCCACAGCAGCAACAAAUGGUCGCGGGUGGAAUCGGUCAAUCUUAUGUUCAAGGUGCAGGGCGAUCACAAUUAGUUUCACAGGGACAAGUCUCUUCACAGGGUCAAUCUAACAUGCCUGGUGGAACCUUUAUGGGUUGAUUGGAGCAUUCUAAUUACAGUCUCAUGCAGAUGCUUUUAUUAUUUCAUUAGAAUCCUGGUAAUGCACGGUUUUUAACCGAUCUAGUGUAAUUGAUGUGUAAUAGUGAAUUUAUGAAUAUAUGCCACGAUGGUUCCAGUAAUUAUAAUGUCACAUCCAUUAAAAUUGGAAAAAAUGGGACGUUUUUCCUUUAGAGGAAGAAAUGGAAAGCUUACUAGUCA